UGUUGACAAUCAGUCCUGCUUGAUUUUGAUUAACAGUUGAUGUAACUUGAACUGGUUCACAAACAUUCAAAAACAUCUCAUCCAUUCGUGUUUCUCUGCUUUGUUUAGGCCUCGUGGUUGAGGUAUGGCAUGCCUUUCAGUAACAUUCACCUUUUCAUCCAGGGUUAGUGGUACAAACUUGUCAGCAUCAGGAUUUAAUGCACUUGCUCUUUGAGAAUGGUUCCUUUCAAAAUAAGAGUUCAUGCCAUCUGAAAAAUAUUAUCAAAAAUCUAACUUCAGGGGCGUUGUGUGGCGUAGUGGUCUGAGCGGGCGCCCCAUUUGUGGGGGCUGCAGUCCUCGCUGCAGUCCUCGCUGCAGUCGGCCUCGGUUCGAAUCCCGCAUCGGACGGCCCUUUGCUGCGUGUCAUUCCCCCUCUCUAUGCCUCCCUGUUUCCUGUCUCUCUCUACUAUACUAUCCAAUAAAGGCAUAAAAAACUUAAAAAAAAAAAAAAAUCUAAUUUCAAUAAAGCAAACAAGUUAAGCAAAUGAACAAAGUUGCUCAUAAUUAAUCAAUUAAAUUUACAACUUAACAAAACUAACAAUUAGCUCCAACACAUGAAAUUAAUUUUUGAUCCAAAACCACCUGCCAGACAGAGCAGGACAGAUAGCAAGUUGUCUUCCCUCCCAGAUACCAGGAGAGGCAGCGACGGGGAAGAACACCUCCUGUCUUGGGAAGGGGAGUCUCCAGAGGUGAUUCACUUCAAAUAUCAGUUUCCUCUAAUGAAUAUCAGAUCUAUAUUAACACACACUGCUCUCUGAUUAUCUUUCAGCUGUCUUCUUGGACUGAACUCAGGCCCUGCAAACUGGGCCAGUGUUAGCCGCCUUGUGGAGGCCAUAUGCAACCAGCUCUACCGUCUUCACCCAGUGGCCAAGUCAUUCAGAGCUACCUUGAGGACUUGGUGGUCAUUUGUUCUCAAGGAUUAUGUGGCCAUUAGAGAGACAGUGCUGGCCAGCCCGAGGUUAAUGGCUCCGACCAACAUCCAGCUCUUUGAAUUGAAUUGACGACUCAGUGGUGCUGGCCAGACACUCUCCCUUCAGCAAAAGGUCUGUCCUUGGUACAGGUGGGACAAGGACAGCCCUUAAACUUCAAUGUCCCGGAGGAGCAGCCUGGCACCUCAUCCAGUGCUGUUGGUCCUCUCCUCGCUCCAGCGCCACUCCCCUCUUCUGUCCAUCCACCUCCUCUGCCUGCACUACCUGUACCCAGGACCAAAGCCUACAGGAAGAGGGAGGCGGCCCCAAGCUGCUGUGGCAGAGCAGGGGCGCUGCCUGGAGGAAAAACUGACAUACCAACAUCAUACAUCUGUAGCAAGUGUGGCCAACCCAUAAAGAUUGACACUGACCUCAUUCACAUCGCAGGUGUGUCACACUGUGAUUCUUGGUGGAAAGACUGUGGAGGAAAGAGGUGAAGAGAAGACAGGAGGACAACUUUUUCUAUCUUCAUUUAUAACUUUUAAUUGACACUAUUUAUUAUUAUUAUAUUUUAUUUGUUGCAUUUGGAGUGGUGUUUGUGUCACCUGAUGUCUCAUGAUGAUCUCAGUCCAGUGUUCCCUCUCUUUUAGCUCUGUGUUUGGUCUCCACCAACUCCUGAGGGAAGUCUGUCUGUUUAGCUUCUUAAUGCUCCACUAUGUUCACCAGCUGCUCUCGAACUGUGUCUGUUUGCUGCUGAGGAGGUCAUGGACAGUGGCUACAGCCGAAAAAGUGUAUAUAUAUAUAUAUAUAUAUAUAUAUAUAUACAAAGAUGAGUGAAAUGGAGUUUUACAUCAUGUGCUGUGGUACAGCACAUGAUCAAAAAUAUGCGGCCCGCCAGCACUGUUGACCACAGUAUAAAAUACAUGUUUACAAAAAAAGCUAUUUUACAUUUCACCAGAAGAUGGCAGUAGACCUGUGGCCGCACUCUCGCCGCCGUGACCCUUGUGUGAUCCUUUCAGCCCAGCCCAUUUCAUUUCUGACAUGGCGACUGUAACUAAAAAAAGAAAAGUUGACAGCGAGGGCCGCCGCUUCCAGGACAAGUGGAAAUUGGAGUAUUUUUUCGCUGAAUUACGAAGCAGUCCAACACCAACACCAACAGCUCCCUCUUGUCAACUUCUACCGCCAGCUGGAUGAAGGCAGGUUCCAAGAGAUUGGAACAUUUGCUAAGAAAAUGCUGAGCUUGUUUGGCUCGACAUACACUACCGUUCAAAAGUUUGGGGUCACUUAGAAAUUUCCUUAUUUUUGAAAGAAAAGCACUGUUUUUUCAAUGAAGAUAACAUUAAACUAAUCAGAAAUACACUCAUACAGUGGUAAAUGACUAUUCUAGCCGCAAACGUCUGGUUUUUAAUGCAAUAUCUACAUAGGUGUAUAGAGGCCAAUUUCCAGCAACCAUCACUCCAGUGUUCUAAUGGUACAUUGUGUUUGCUAAUUGCGUUAGAAGGCUAAUGGAUGAUUAGAAAACCCUUGAAAACCCUUGUGCAAUUAUGUUAGCACAGCUGAAAACAGUUUUGCUGGUUAGAGAAGCUAUAAAACUGACCUUCCUUUGAGCUAGUUGAGAAUCUGGGGUAUCACAUUUGUGGGUUCGAUUAAACUCUCAAAAUGGCCUGAAAAAGAGAACUUUCAUGUGAAACUCGACAGUCUAUUCUUGUUCUUAGAAAUGAAGGCUAUUCCAUGUGAGAAAUUGCCAAGAAACUGAAGAUUUCCUGUACUACUCCCUUCAGAGAACAGCACAAACAGGCUCUAACCAGAGUAGAAAGAGAAGUGGGACGCCCCGCUGCACAACUGAGCAAGAAGACAAGUACAUUAGAGUCUCUAGUUUGAGAAAUAGACGCCUCACAGGUCCUCAGCUGGCAGCUUCAUUAAAUGGUACUCGCAAAACGCCAGUGUCAACGUCUACAGUGAAGAGGCGACUCCGGGAUGCUGGCCUUCAGGGCAGAGUGGCAAAGAAAAAGCCAUAUCUGAGACCGGCCAAUAAAAGUAAAAGAUUAAUAUGGGCAAAAGAACACAGACAUUGGACAGAGGAAGAUUGGAAAAAAGUGUUAUGGACAGACGAAUCGAAGUUUUAGGUGUUUGGAUCACACAGAAGAACAUUUGUGAGACGCAGAACAACUGAAAAGAUGCUGGAAGAGUGCCUGAUGCCAUCUGUCAAGCACGUUGGAGGUAAUGUGAUGGUCUGGGGUUGCUUUGGUGCUGGUAAAGUGGGAGAUUUGUACAAGGUAAAAGGGAUUUUGAAUAAGGAAGGCUAUCACUCCAUUUUGCAACACCAUGCCAUACCCUGUGGACAGCGCAUGAUUGGAGCCAAUUUCCUCCUACAACAGGACAAUGACCCAAAGCACGCCUCCAAAUUAUGCAAGAACUAUUUAGGGAAGAAGCAGGCAGCUGGUAUUCUAUCUGUAAUGGAGUGGCCAGCGCAGUCACCAGAUCUAAACCCCAUUGAGCUGUUGUGGGAGCAGCUUGACCGUAUGGUACGCAAGAAGUGCCCAUCAAGCCAAUCCAACUUGUGGGAGGGGCUUCUGGAAGCGUGGGGUGAAAUUUCUCCAGAUUACCUCAACAAAUUAACAGCUAGAAUGCCAAAAGUCUGCAAUGCUGUAAUUGCUGCAAAUGGAGCAUUCUUUGAUGAAAGCAAAGUUUGAAGGAGAAAAUUAUUAUUUCAAAUAAAAAUCAUUAUUUCUAACCUUGUCAAUGUCUUGACUAUAUUUUCUAUUCAUUUUGCAACUCAUUUGAUAAAUAAAAGUGUGAGUUUUCAUGGAAAACACAAAAUUGUCUGGUCGACCCCAAACUUUUGAACGGUAGUGUACUUGUGCGAGAAGACAUUCUCGGUUAUGAACAUUAACAAGAGCCGCGUGAGGACGAGACUAAGUGACUCUCACCUGCGUGAUGUCUUGCGCAUCAAAACCACUGUUUUUGAGCCAGACCUGGACUACAUACUGCAGUCGAGAUCUAAGUAUCACCCUUCACACACCCUUAGUGCAGGCAAGAUAUGUGUUUAGUCCUCUGAGGUGAUUAAUUUCUAAAAUCUCAGUGAAUUGAUUUUUUUGAUGAUCAAAACCACAGUUUUGAGUAUGCACAGACCACUGUUUUGAAUUUAGAAGUUUACAGUGAGCAUUUAAUAGUGAAUAAUAUGUAAUGUUUCAGAUGAACCUAGAUAUGUUUCACCUUCCCAAAAGUUUUUUUUCCAGACAGACUUUUUCUUCAUUUUAUGUGGUCUUAUAUGAAAUAUGAAAGGCAGAGUGAUUUUGGCAAAAACUUGAAAAUGAAAAAAAAAUGAAGUAUGCCAUUUGCAAUAAAAAUUUCAUAAAAUAGUUCAUUUGUAUUUAAUGUUAAUGGUUCAAAGAAUGUCAGGCUGAAUGGUCGGCCCCCACACAUUUUCACCUUACCAAAUCUGGCCCUCUUUGCAAAAAGUUUGGACACCGCUGCUGUACGGGUUAACUAACUCCAGAAGAUGGCAGUAAUGCCACAUGAAGGAUACAAGCUGCAACUAAACACCAAAGAAGAAAUAGACGGAAGUUAUAAGAUAUAAGUAUAGAGGAGGAGGGGCUUUGAUUAAGCCGAGACAACAUUGAUAAAACGAUAUGUCGAAAAAAUAUAUACAGUAUAGCGUAUUGAAACACUAGAGUAUAUUUAUACACUCGGCAUGAAUAAACGGUGCAGACAACAAAUAUACAUAUAUUGAUUUCAGUUGUGUUGAUUGUGUCUCCUCUCCUCCGUCCGUCCGUCCGUCCCACUCUCGCUGCUGUCCUCUACUGUGUUGGAGGCUUACACCCGUUGGCAAGAUUUGUCGUCAGCCAAUGAGGACCGACUAAACAGCAUUCCCUCAGCCAAUCAGAACCACUGGUUUAUUUAAAGGUUUUCAACGGAGGGACGUUUGAAAUCAAACAGGCAGUGUUCAGGGGAAGUGUUAGUCAGCCACGUUUAAAGCUGUUGACUUUCCAUAUAUACAUUUCAUUUUCAAUUUUUUUUAUUUUAACAACUUCAAACCGGCUGCUAAAAGGAUUGCUCCCUUGAUAGCGUGGUUAGAGGAGUGAUCUUAACGUUACAGUGAAUAAUAAUUCUUUAUGUAUGCAGCCACAAACACCAGCUCUCGUACCCGACGUAGCUGUUAGCUAGCUAGCUGGCGUAACCUGCUUGAGAGCUGUUCUCAGCUCGUUUAAAUUGUGGAUAGAUUGACGGACGGUGUUUGCUUUCGGUCACUGCAAUAAUAUCUCUAGAAUAUGGACGCCAGACUCAAGCUGACAAAGGACAUGAAACUUCAAAGGCCUGAAGUGAAGUCAAGCAGUGAAGGACCAAAGCGGAUUCCUGUAUUACAACAGUCACAGAUGACUCAGAUGGCUGUAGUUACACCAACCCAGCAUCAGCGGGUCCUGGGUGUGUCAAAUGGACCUCAGCGCAUUCAGCGACCUGUGAGCCAUCAGAAGCCAGUAUCUCAUGUCUCUGUUGCCAUUAAGUCCACACAACCCUCUGAUCAGAAUGUAAACCCUGCUACUAAGAAUGUAAACCCUGCACCUCAGCCCAAACCUGGUUCCCAGCAAAUCCAGCCAAAGACACACAUGGCUAAGGUGAACUCUGAGAACACCAAACCACCAUCAGAAUUGGCAAAGUUUGAGAAGCCACAGAACAAACCUGCCAAGAAUGAUUCUGCAGCCACUUCUUCAUCCAAGAAGCGAUGGAGCCUGGAAAAUUUUGACAUUGGUCGACCCUUGGGAAAAGGCAAAUUCGGAAAUGUCUACCUGGCCAGAGAGCGACAAAGUAAGUUCAUCUUGGCCCUGAAGGUGCUCUUCAAGAAGCAGCUGGAGAAGGCCGGAGUGGAACACCAGCUGAGGAGAGAAGUAGAGAUCCAGUCUCACCUCAGGCACCCCAAUAUCUUGCGUCUCUAUGGCUACUUCCAUGACGCGUCUCGUGUGUAUCUCAUCCUUGAGUUUGCACCCAAGGGAGAACUAUACAGUGAGCUGCAGCGGUGUGGAAAUUUUACUGAGGACAGAAGUGCCACGUACAUCAUGGAGCUGGCAGAUGCCCUCAACUAUUGCCACUCCAAGAAGGUGAUCCACAGGGACAUCAAACCAGAGAACCUGUUGCUUGGAGCCAACGGGGAGCUGAAGAUUGCAGAUUUUGGCUGGUCUGUUCACACGCCCUCCUCCAGGAGGUCAACUUUGUGUGGAACAUUGGACUACUUGCCUCCAGAGAUGAUUGAGGGAAAAACGCAUGAUGAAAAAGUGGACCUGUGGAGCCUGGGUGUCCUCUGCUAUGAGUUCCUGGUUGGAAAACCCCCCUUUGAAGCAAAAACUCAUGAGGACACCUACCGGAGGAUAUCAAGGGUGGAGUACACUUACCCUGCACAGUCCAAUAUCAGUGCUGGAGCCAAAGACUUGGUUGCCCGGCUGCUGAAGCACAACCCCAUGCACAGACUGCCCAUCCAAGGAGUCCUGUCUCACCCCUGGGUGGUCGAGUGCUCGACCAAGAAGCCCACAACCCUGAACAAUGAAGAGCCCAGCCAAUGAGCCUCAUUAUAUUGGAGUAUUGGGGUUACAGUGACUGGCUGCUGUGGAACGUGAAUGCCAGUGUGCAACUGAUUAUUUGAAUCUGCUUGUACUACUAUAUUGACCACCAAACCACUUCAUGUGGAUGUUCUAAUCUGCAGGUAUUUUGAGCCACUUGGUUAUUUUUUAUCUUUUUCUUCUUAUCCUUUUGACUUCCCUUGUCUUACAAUGGCAUUCUAUUGCCUGUAAAUAUUUCACUGUUUUUGUUUAAUUAUGAAAUUUUAUUAAGGUUUUUUUAAAAUGCCAUUACUUGGAUCGGACCACACUCAUCCUUAAGCUCAGCCUUCAUUUUUAUCUCAACUGCACACCUGUAAAAGUUUCCUGAAUGUAUCUCACAUGGUUGUAAUGCUAUCACGGUGACAAGUCAGACAUAUGUAUAAACACCUACCAAAGUA